UAAACAAAUGUGGAAAAGAAAAGAUAAGAUGGCGAGUGUGGGGAUGUGGUGGCGGCUGGGCAGCAGUGAUGAUGUGCAGGAGAGGAAGGCGGCAGCUCCCUGUGAUCCCGGUGUUAACCCGGAGGAGAAGGCGGUGCCCGAGCUCCGGAUUCAGGCUGCCGAUGAGCAGGAGUCGGAUGAUUCAGAUUCGCUCUGGUCUUUGCUGCUGAAUUACAUGGAGACUGCUUUAACCUGGCACAGACCAGGUCAUAGCAUUGCAAUGUUCAUAUGCUGUAACGCUCUCUUUUGGUUUGUAGUUUUAACGCCUUGGAGGUUGUAUUCCCUGGUUGCUUUGGGCCUCCUUUUGUUUGCUGUUUUGGAGAACGUAAAGGUUUUGAUUCUGUUCGCAAUGAAAGGUUGGAAGAAAAGCAAGAGCCUGAUUGAAAGCUGGAAAAUGACUGAUACAAAACAGGAGAGCACACCAAGACUCAGCCAGUGCAUUACAGAGUCAUGGAUAAGUUGUACUGCGUUUUUUGAGGAGAUGUCCCAUUUCAAAAAGCAGAACCCUGGGAAGUUUUGUCUCCUUGUUUGUAGUCUCUGUACAUUUUGUGCAGUUAUUGGACGCUACAUUCCUGGGGCUUUGGUAUCAUACUUCUUGUUACUAUGCGUCCUCUUGUGGCCUUUAGUAACCUCUUGUGACUUGGGGCAAAGUAUUUACAACAAGAUUGACCCAGUUCUGCAGCGAUUGGAUUUUGGCCUGAAGGACUAUGUGCAUCGUUUGCAAAGAAGACGGGAAAUGAAGCAGAAAGAAUUGGUUGAAAGGAAGUCAGAAGAUGAGAGUGAAGCAGACACGUCUGCUCUUUGUCCCAAGAUAAGCAGCUCUGGAGCAGGCAAAGAGCUAUGUAUUUCUGAUACCGAACCUUCAGAAACAUGGACAGAAAAUGGAACCUUUAACCUGUCAGAAGGUCAUACCCCACAGACAGAUGCCUCGGAUGAUCUAGAUCGUCCAAGUGAUCAUGAGGAAGCAUUUGCCAGAGAUCUUCCAGAAUUCCCUUCUAUAGAUAAUAAGGGAACAAUAGAUGAUGAUGAUGACUCAAGCAUUGGCAUCCCUACUCCUCCAAUUCCCACUCUAGAAUCUAAUGAAGCAGAUUCAUAUCAGGAAGGCAUACACACAGGAACUGCUGUUACUGGACUUUCCCUAAACUUGUCCACUGAGCAGAGCUUCAACCUGAUCAGCACUAUGGCAACAGAUGUCAUUGCUGCUGCAGUGUCAUCUGCUGUGAAAGGCCAGUUGCAGGCCAUUGAAAGCAACUUGACCAUGCCACCACAGCUUAACUCAGGCGAAGAGACUGACACCGAAGAGGCCGAUGACUUUGAGUUGCUUGAUGAGUCUGAGUUGGAACAAAUUGAGAGCGAAUUAGGACUGGAUCAGGGCCAAGCAGCAAGUCAACAAGCCAAAGAUGGCAAGUCAGGCUUUCUCUCAAACCUACUGGGAGGCCAUUAAGCCUUCUUUCAGGGCUGGAGAAUAAACAUACAGACCACUUGUGAACAACAAAACAAACACAAGCUACAAGCUUAUUUACAACAGUUGUUCCCAAAAAAAAAGAGCCAAACCUCAUAAAUAUGAUCUUGUGAAUAUCGAACUAAGUGCAGCAAAGGAAGAAUGAAAAAAAGUGAAAUAGAACUGCACCUUUCAACGUUUAAUAAUCUAGUUAUUGAAGGAACUGAUUUGAUUUGCGUUAUUUGGUAUAAUGGGCCACCUAUUGUGUGUGUUGUCUGACUAUAAUCUUUAUGCCUUGAAAUAACAGCAUGGAAACUAAUUCUGUCUUGUUAAUCUGAGUUGUUAACAAUUAGCUUUAAAAAUGUGUUAACUGACAUGUAUUGCCAAAUCUGAAAGUCAGAUGUUUAACAAAUAUUUUUUAAAGACUUGUGCGCAGAAACUGACAAUCAGUAAUCAGCUUCUCCCAGGACAUUGCAGCAAAUUGAACUGCUAAGGAAGUAAAGUACCCAUUUUGAAAAUAUUUGCAGUAUUUUAGAUAUUAUAAAAUCUAAUCCUAUUUGAAGCCUCUUUGAUUCAUGCAUUCAAGUAGAAUGUUCAAAGAAAGCCUAGUAGAGACACAUUUCACAGUUGAGAUUAUUAAUCCACGCUUGUACUGUUUUAAUUACAAAGAAAAACAAUCUUUACUGCACUCUCUGCCUUAUUGAACUGCAGAUUCAAAGGUGAAAAGAAACCUAUUAAAACUUAGUUUAAAUCACAUUAACAAUUAAAUUUGAUUUACAACACUUUAAAAAUUAUUCUUUUUACACACAUUGCAUUGUUUCAUUUAGAUAAUGGGCCUGACUCUGAAAAUAAUUUUGUGGUUGGAACAAAAUUACAAUUUGCGCAAUUGUAGGUCAGUGAAUCCCACAGUAACCAAUCUCGUUGCUGUGUUAAAUUAAUUUUAUGCUGGGUAGAUUGUUGAAAUUAUGCAAUCCAUUUCUGAAAUUCAUACUUAUUUAAUAUGUUAUUGUGUCUGUAUCUAAUAAUGUCCGUUCUACCAAGGACAUAUUUGAACCAUAACUAAGACGAUAAUCUGUUAAUUCUUUCUUUCACCCUGGUUAAUCCCACUUUAAGCAGCGCCUUAGAGAAUACUUAACUUUUUUUUUAAAAGUACAUAUUUAAAUUUUAAGAACAUCAGAUGACAACACACAUUUUCCCUGUUACAUCCAGCGCUGAAAUAAAAUAGCAAGUAAAUCUACUAGAUUAGGGCUCUGUAUGUAAAAGUGCUAAGGUGGCCAAUUAAUUAACAGGUCCUAGGUGUCCGAGUGGAUUGAAGUGUAAUCUAUAUUUCUAUAAUCCCUCUAAAGAUAUUUGGGUAGGUAUUAAUUUGUUGACUAAUCUUGGAUGAUCUUAUUGGUAAAUUUUCUAACUGAGCUUGGGACAAGGCACAAUUCCGUCAUUCCACAAUUCAUCAAAAUUUACCUUUUCCUUGAAUACCAUGAAAAGAGAAACAAAAAAGCCUAAUUCUGCAGCCUGGCUUUAUUGUUAUACAGACUUCUGUUGACCGAAUUUAUAUAGUCAGUGAUAUUUUUAAUAUUUUGGAUUAAAAAAUUUAACAAGUGGAAUUUUAUAUUCAGCACUUUGGUUCUAUAAGGAAGAUGUCAUGUUGAUUCUGGUCAAUCUAUCAAAUACCGAAUUGGUACAUAAAGCCUAUACUGAAGAACUUUCCUUUAGAAGAUAAAAAAUUCAAUUGGAUUUGUCAUUGAGUAUUUUAUUGGAUAAUUUAGGUUUGCAACUAGAGAUCUGGGAAUAAUUCAGUUGCUGGCCUCUAAGCUGACAAUGGGCCUGCAAUGGAGGGGUUGUAAUAGCUUUUUAAAAACUAGAGCAGGUAAAAUAAAAUUGAUUUGAAACUUGAGAUAAACUGGUCAAAAUCAAUUCUGCCCCCAUUUCAAAAUCAUGUUUUACAUAAAUAAUUUAUCAUCGGUGCUUCAAUUUCCAACCUUAUUCACGUAGCAAGAUAUGGGGGUACUGCUUUCAAAAAGUAUACAGCCUCACAAUUGUUGAUUCUAUUGUUGAUUCUAACACCCCUUUAAAGAAGUGGACAGAUAAAAAGGCAUGUGGACACACUAAUCUUGUACGUCACUUUAGGGACUCGAGCACAUGUAGGAUGGCAUUUCAUUGCAGUACUGAGGGCAUACUGCAUGAUCAGAGAUACUACCUUACGAAUGAGACGUUAAACUGGGGCUCUAAGUGUGUUUUUCCAAGUGGACAUUAAAAGUCCCAUGGCAAUAUCUGAGAAAGAGUAGGAGAAAAUUUCUGGUAUCCACGAAUUCAACCAAUAUCAUUGAGAUAGAAUAACUGAUAUUAUUGCUAUCUGUGGGACUUGCUGUGUGUGUAUUGGAUGCUGCAUUUACCAAAAAGUAACAGUGACUACGUUUUAAAAGUGAAGCCUUUUGGGACAUGCUGUGGAUGAGUGUUAUAUGAAUUAACAUUUCUUCUUUUAAUAUCACCCUAAUUUCUAGGCUUAAAUAUUUUCAGAGUUGGGACCCAGACUCAAAUGAUUAUUGGUAACAUUUUUUUACAGUAAUAUAUUUUGAUCCUUUCACUAGCCUAUUUAUGGUGGUGUUCAGUAACUGUGACUAUGCAAUAUUCAAGUAAUGCAGUUACUGUUAACACAAGAUUUCUAUAUUCAGUACUUUAUGUAUAUGCAUAUUAUACAUAUACAGGCACUUCAAGCUUGAGUUAAUGUUUAAACUUUUGUAACCAAUGCAUUUAAAUAUAACUCUGCUUAACAAAUGCUGUUGAGAGUACAAAAUGAAGGCAGUGCACAAGCUAUCAGAUGAUGUACUAACAUCAGUUCAGAAGCCUUGAAACUUGGGAUUUAGCCUGCAUCAAUGAAAUGGUAAAGUUUCUGCAGAUUUAGUGACAAACCUUAAUGAUUUUUAACUUUCAAUGCACAGUACAAUGUAAGAUUUGUUAUCUCAUGAACAUUUAACCUCUCUCCUUUCAUGACCCCGUCAUAUUGCAUUGAUCAACACGACAGUUGGUGUUCUGGAUUUAGCCAUCCUCCAGUGCUAAUUUAGGGCCAUUUUUAUGUGCUGUUGUUUAGAAGAUGUUUUGGGUUGCUUGAAGUUCAAGUUAGGCUAAUCCUUUGGACGGUUUUGUGAAAUCUGUUUCUGGUUACAAAUUAAAAUAGUUGGAUCUCAUUUGUUGCAACUAAACACGUAAUCUAGUUUUAAAAACAAACAUCUUGUUUUCUUCUUCAUUAUAAACCAUGUUUAUUCAAACAUAAACAUAACAGUUGAGCAAUCCACUGGUUCAUUUAAGAGUGUAUAAAUCAUUACAGUCAGGCUUUGUUAAUUUGUUAAAUGUCAUUUUAUGUAGAAUUUGUAAAAAAGGGUAGUAUUUUAGCCUAUUAAAUGUGGGUGCUGGGACUAAUGAGAGUAGAUUUUGACUAUCGUUUUAAAAAGUAUAUUUUUGCACUUUAUAUAUUAUUUACGAAAAUGCACUUUCUGUCAAUCAAACCACAUGUAAACCAGUAAUUUUUCCCGGGAGAAAGAAAUGAUAACCAGAAACAGAGUUCAUCACAAAAUGUCUUAUGAUAUUUCAUAAAAAUAUGAAAAUUUCUCAUCUGCAGCACUUUAAAUAAUAGAAUCUAAAAGAAUUUCAGUGGCAAAUACAUGGCCAUUAUGGUAAUUGAAUUUGAUAAUUAAAGCUUGUCUGAUGAUGUUGAUUUGUUUCUCUCUUUUGUGAUUGACUAUGCUUUAUUCAACAAAGGCACUUUAUGUACAAUACCAUCUCCAUUUAACCAGUGUAGUGCUGUAAUUGUCAAUUGUAUAAUGAGAAUUGCAUAAUUAUUUUUGAACCGUUUGCACUCUUUAUUGAUAUACAAAUUCUUGGCUAAGGAAAAUAAAAUGGUAGAAAUGUA